AUUUGCAGUUUUCCUAGAAAUGGUUCUUGAUUUUUCCUAGAUGUCUUAGUGGGCAUACAGAGUAUUUUACCCAUAUCACUCUAUACCUGAUCCCCAAGUAAUACAAUCCCCAGAUAAAAUCAGGGAUUACAUGAAAUACCUCGAUCAAGACUGUUAACACCAAAAAACUGAUUACUCCCUCUCCUCUCUGGCAUGUAUUUUUCUACGAAUUUUUCACUGGAUUAUUUAUUUACAUCUGAUUUUGUUGACGAAUAAUCCAUUACGUUGUAGUGGAAUAAAACAAUAAAACUAUACACUGUUUUUGUGUCUUUGUUGCACUCUUUCUCAUCGUUUCAUGCAUGUUAUACCCCGCAUGACCGCUAGGUGCUGCCUCCGUCGCGCUCUUUAUACGCAAUUGGAUGACGUGCGGCAGAAGAGGCGUGGCUCAAUAUGGGGAAAUUUGGAUUGCAGUUUAAAGCCACCUUGGAGAAUAUUACAAACGUGAGGCCGGUGGGAGAUGAUUUCCGAUGGUAUUUGAAGCUGAAGUGUGGGAAUUGUGGUGAGGUGUCGGAUAAAUGGCAGUACAUCACCUUACUGGACAGCAUGCCACUGAAAGGAGGACGAGGGAGUGCUAGCAUGGUGCAGAAGUGCAAACUGUGUUCUCGGGAAAACUCCAUAGAUAUCCUGAGGGACACAAUUACACCUUACAAUGCAGAAGACAGUGAAAGGUACAAGACUAUUGUCCAGUUUGAGUGUCGAGGCCUGGAACCAGUCGAUUUUCAACCUCAGGCUGGUUUUGCCGCCAGUGGAGCAGAAACAUCCACCCAGUUCCCUGAAAUCAACCUGCAAGAGAAGGACUGGACGGACUACGAUGAGAAGGCCAGUGAGUCUGUGGGGAUCUAUGAGGUCACACAUCAAUUCAUCAAGUGCUGAAAACGAAGAGGUGACUUGACAUGUGGUCAGAGGGCUAUUUAUCACAGUCUGGGUCUGUCAGGGAUCCCAAUAAACAACAUCAACAAUAACUGCUCUACCGGCUCCACAGCGCUGUUUAUGGCCUGUCAGCUCAUUCAGGGAAGUGUACUGUGCGAAGACUAAAGACUGUACUGUACUAAAGGGGAUGGAACAGGGGGAAACUUUUUUUUUGAGCAAUGUUGCUUGGACACUUUCUCAUUGAGAAUGGGCAACAAAUUUCUAUCUGGAAUAUAUUGAACAUUGCCCAGCAACACUGCGCCGUGUAUCAUCACCUUAAGACUUCAGACAUUUUUUUUAUUCUAAAUUAAACUUCAUGUUUUGCAAAACUAUGGCACUGAACACAGUUUUUUAUUGAAUAGUGAUAAUUUAAAUAAAAACAUUAUUAAUAAUUUAAAACAAUAACACACAC